UUCUUGGUGAUUUGUAUCAGUUAGGUGGAGUUUCGAGUUUUCUUUAUUAUAAUUAAAUCGUAGUAAAGUAACGUUUUUAUGGUCUAAGUGUGUUUCAGUGAACGAAGUUCUCUGAGUUUGUAUGAUUGAUGAUUUUCUGAAUUUGCUUUCAAAGUAUGCUAGUUCGUCUGUGACCUUAUUCAAAAUGAUAUUCACCCAUUGGAAGUUUUGUAGCAGCCUAGAUAGGAAGAUGUUGUUCUUUGGACCUUUGUUCGCCGUAAUGUUCUCCGAUUGUCGUUGUGGAGCCACUUGGGGAGAUUAAGUAUUAUCUUUGCCCAGUGGUUAAAUAUCUUCUCUUAAAUAUAGUUAUUUCAAGCUAUUUGCGUGGUAUUGGAACGUCGUUGUAGAACAUUGGUGUCAUCUCAACACUAAUUCACAUUACGGAGUAAAUAGAUUGUACUGAAGGAAUAGUAACUAAUUCCCAUUUUGUCGUGGUUUCGGUCUUAUGUACUUCCGUGUUCCUCCAUCCUGAUAUCGUUUACGAGAUCUGGUUAUGCCUUUCACUAGAUAAAACUUGUUCAUUGAGUAGCCUGAGUUUGUGUUUCUCCUGCACGAUUUUUUCGGAAUAAAGAGUUAAAGGGAUAGCACGAAACUAACACUGACGUGUAUACAGUAACUAAAGCAUAACUACCUAUCUUUUGAGACGGCUAUUUAGGAAAUUCUGAAAUUGUUCUCUACAUCCAAACAUCGACAGGUGUUUUAAGGUCAGUGGAUGAAGUAAAAAUUUGGUCGCAUAGCAUUUUGUAAAACUUUAUCCACAAAACUCUGAGGGGAACCUUUACUCAGUUUUACUUACUUCUUGGGUGUCCUCGAUGCAUGACAAAUAACCUCAGGAUCAUCAGGAUAAUUAUAUGGAAUAAUCUUUCCAGCACCGUAUUUCGAUAUGUUAGCAGCAACGAAAGUAUUUAAUCGUAGAACAAUUGAAAAACUGACACAGACUGACCCCUAAGCUGCUGAUCAACUCCAAAUCUUACACGCAAAAAGUAGGUUGGAGCUGCAAACUUGAUAUUUUACGUUUUAUGAUAUCAAAACGGAAGGAAAUAAAAGGUCCAUAAGUCAGCAAACAUUUCGUUAGAGUUAGGAGUUUGGAGACGUUUCAAUUUGUUGGGAAUAUUUUUGUGUCAAACAAAUCAUUUGUCUUUGAUUUCUUUCUUGUACGGAGUCUUAUUUGAUUUAUAUAGCUUACCAACUAAAAAAACUAAGUUUUAGCCGGUACAGAAAAGACUUGAUAACAGUCGGUAUUCAGUACCUGUAUCGGAGUAAUUUACGUUCCUCCACUUAUCAAUAAGACCCAUUGUGGUAGUUUAAAACUCAUUUUAAAUCAAAGCCAUUCGAAGAACACAUGUUUUGCUCUAAUCACACAGACGUUUUAGUGGAAGUAGUACGCGACAAUCUUGUUUCAGUGAAUAUAACCUCUAUUUUUUGUGUGAUUGUAUCAAGAGAAGGAACAUAGACCAUUUUAGUAAGUUGUAUUCACUUCAACAGUUUUGAGAUAUGCACGAGUUAUGAGCUUAGUCUGUUGUUUCUCAGUGGAACUGAACUUUAGAGUUUGCACCAUAGGCAGAAUAUCAUUAUUCACUGGCUUGUUUGGUCUGACGAAUGCCACUUAAAAAUAAGAAGUACUGGCAUUUACUAAGCAUAGAGUAAUGAAUGUUGUUAUUAGACGCUAUAUUGUAACUUGCAUAUCUCUCCAACUUUAGGUUUUAUGUGGUCUGGUUCCAAGUUAAUUAAAAAUAAAAGCCAAAACCGAAGUACAUGAAGCAGGGUUAGAACUAAAAACUUAUUAAAGUCGGACACCUUAAGCAGUAAGCCGCCGUUCCAUAUAGAUCAUAUUAAUGAUUUUAAAGGGGCAUUUGAUAACAUAUACAGCUAAAUGGUGGUUUCCGUAUUUUGUUUUUCAGCGUUUUUUUGUUUACUUUGCUUUAAUCCAGUUAUCGUUUCCGUGGGGAAUAAAACCUUAUCGCUUCAUUUUUACGGUAAUUUAUUUCCUACUCAGAUGAGUGUAGUUAUAGAAACAGAAUAAGUGACAAUUCAUGUCGCUGCAUAUAUGUGCUUGAUCCCACGUUGUAGCUGACUGACUGACAUGUCGCUGACACAUACAUGUACUGUUUCAUAUUUUGAGAUUAUUGUACAGCCCUUGUUCAUUUACCAGUUUAAGUCAUAUCCACAUAUUUACUGAUCCCACAUUGUUUGUGACUAACUUUCAAAUGCUAUACGCCUUUUACCACAUUUCUUACCCAUUCUUAUUUUUUAAUAUUACAAGUCUUCCGACCCUUGUUUUCCCUCUUGGUAAUACUCUCAAGUCAAGUAGCAUAAAUAAUUGCUUUACUGCACCAGCUCUUUUGCUGUACUAUUUAAAAUAUCGUUGAUUCAACGCUUUAUGCACUAGUGGUCUACAGUUGGUCACGUAACUUUUUUAUUUCAGAUGCCGGCUCCAAAGCGGUUGCGAGAGUUGGUGAGAGACAUUAGAUCUGCUCGAACUGCUGCUGAAGAACGGGCAAUUGUAAACAGGGAGUGUGCUUUAAUUAGAGAUAGUUUUCGGGAAGAAAAUAACACUUACAGAUGUCGUAAUGUGGCCAAAUUGUUAUACAUUCACAUGUUGGGUUACCCAGCACAUUUUGGUCAGCUCGAAUGCUUAAAACUGGUUGCUUCUCCACGUUUCACCGAUAAAAGAGUUGGUUAUUUGGGCGCAAUGCUUCUACUUGAUGAACGAACUGAUGUACACCUUCUAGUUACAAAUUCCUUAAAAAAUGAUUUAAAUCAUCCUACUCCAUAUGUUGUUAGUUUGGCUCUAUGCACUUUGGGAAGUAUAUGCUCUGCUGAAAUGAGCAGAGAUCUAGCCGGUGAAGUUGAGCGACUAAUACGAUCAUCAAAUGCUUACAUAAAAAAGAAGGCAAGUUUAUAUUCAUAUUUGGGAUUAUAA